CCAGAUAGUGAAAUCUAAGAGAUUGAUUCAUAUCAAAUAAUUUGUGUUAUCAAAACGCAAACUGAUUUAUACAAAAAUAUAUUUUCAUAUCAGUACAAUUUCCGACGUGAUCCAGUGCAAUGUUGACUUUGGCGACUUUGCUGGGUGUGGCGGCGUUGGCCUCGCUGGGUACUGCCUGCACUCCCACUGCGACCACAGUAAGCGGCACCCACGCGCCUGCUAUAGUCUGCUCUGGAGACUUGAUCUUCUCUGAUGAUUUUAAUGAGUUCGAUCUGGAGAAAUGGCAACACGAGAACACACUAGCUGGUGGUGGUAACUGGGAAUUCCAGUACUACAGCAACAACCGCACAAACUCAUUCGCUCAUAGCGGGCUAUUAUUUAUUAGACCGUCACUGACGUCCGACCAAUUUGGAGUUCCGUUCCUCAGCAGUGGACACCUGAACAUAGAAGGGGGUGCGCCAGCCGAUAGAUGUACGAAUCCACAAUGGUGGGGUUGCGAGCGUUCUGGCUCCCCUUCAAACAUCCUCAACCCUGUCAAGAGUGCAAGAAUCCGAACUGUCAACUCCUUCAGUUUCCGCUACGGACGCAUCGAGGUCCGCGCAAAGAUGCCUACUGGCGACUGGCUGUGGCCAGCUAUCUGGUUGAUGCCAGCUCACAACGUGUACGGAACCUGGCCGUCGUCCGGCGAAAUCGACCUCGUGGAAUCACGCGGCAACCGCAACAUGUUCAUCAACGGAGUCCACAUCGGUGUCCAAGAGGCUGGCUCCACUCUCCAUUACGGACCAUACCCUGAAUGGAACGGCUGGGAAAGAGCACAUUGGAUCAGAAGACAGAUUCCAGGAUGGAACGAAGGUUUCCAUCGCUAUCAAUUAGAAUGGACACCAGAUUUCAUCAGAUUCAGUAUUGAUGACGUCGAACUCGGACGGGCUACCCCUGGAAACGGCGGUUUCUGGGAGUAUGGAGGUUUCAACAGCAACCCUAAUGUCCUUAACCCAUGGAGAUAUGGAAGCAAGAUGGCGCCCUUUGACCAAAAGUUCUAUAUCAUCAUGAACGUAGCGGUUGGCGGUACCAACGGCUUCUUCCCAGACGGUGUUUUCAACCCUACUCCUAAACCUUGGUCAAACAAUUCGCCUCAGGCAGCGACGGACUUCUGGAAUGGGCAAGGAAGCUGGCUUCCAACAUGGAAUUUGAACGUCAACGAUGGCCAAGAUGCUUCGCUUCAAGUGGACUACGUUAGAGUGUGGGCCCUUUAAAAGAACUCUAUGGACAAAUAAAACAUUACGUAUCUAAUCUGACUUUCAAAGUACCUAAGACCUUUAAUAAAUAAAAUAUAAGAUACUUAA